UACCUCGCAUUGGAACACAAUCAUAGAGAUAGUAAAUAUUGUCACUGAGGGUCUAUUUACAUCGCGCAGUUCUAGCCAAUCACCGAUAACAUUGGUAACUUUAGACAGACCAGCAUCCACUGCGCAGUAUCCAAUUAUCUCAACCCCCAACGUCACAGUCAAACUGGCUUCGCGGACUUGCAGCAGGAGAAUCUCCUCCCUAGCAUCCCACCUCCAGCAUACUCCUUCCAGCACAACACAAGAGCUUAUCCAGUUUGAAUCAACAUCUACAUCCACAAUGGCCCCCCAAGCCCCAUGGCGCUCCCUCUUCCAGUCUCAUCUGACUCAAAACUCCUCUACUUCCUUUACUCUCUCGACUGUCGGCCACGACUCUCAGAACAGGCCCGUGCCGCGCUCGCGGACCUGUGAGUUUCGCGGUUUCUGGCCGAACCCACAGCUUCAUGACAAGGCUGUCGAGGCGCUAAACAGCCAGGGCAUUGGUCUGAACCCCGCUGUGUAUGAGAGUGACAUGAUCUCACUCACGACUGAUAUCCGGAUGGAGAAGGUCGGGCAGCUUGAUUCUUCUGGGAAUGUGGUGGAGGGUAUCUUCUGGUUGACGGAUGUUGGGAACCAGUGGCGCGUGAAAGGGGAGGCGUUUGUGAUUGGGGACCCGAAGGGUGGAGCGCAUGAGGAGGCGGCUAGGAAGGAGAUUCAGACGGGGAUGAAUGUAACAGGGAACGAUGCGGAUUUGAGUGGAUGGAGCUGGGAGAGGCAGGUAACGGCUUAUUUUGCGAAUCAUUCGCCUGUUAUGAGAGGUUCGUUCAAGAAUCCCCCGCCUGGUCAGCCUCGAUCCCAGGAGCCUGCAGACCCAAGCUUGAAAUUGGGCCAGGAAGUGGAUAAUCUUCAGGAUUCUGUUGCGCGUGGGAACUUUCGAGUGGUGGUUAUUCGUCCAAACGAGAUCGAGCGCCUUGAUCUGUCGGACCUUCAGAAUGUGCGGCGUGUGAGAUGGACCUUUGUUCCUGCAGAGAAUACCGAUGGGCAGGGAGAAUGGGUGGAAACGGAACUGUGGCCAUGAACGUUGCGGAUGUGUAGGCUGCGUUGUCUUGGUUGUUAUGCUGCAAAUACUUUCGUAUGCUUUGUUGCGUCUAAGAGGAUGCAUACAACGGAGACAAUGAUAGAACAAUCAUGUCAUGUAAGAACCUCAAAUAUCACUCUUUCAAGUUGUAACAGCAAAAAGCGUGGAGAAGGGCAAGUGCAGGAUGCG